AUGUGGCCGUAUCUAACAGUCGUCGAGUGGAAGAAAGAGACGCACAUAUGGUUGGCUUGCGACAUGUUGACGGACUUGGCGGUCGGUGCAUUGGACGGGUGCAACGACCUCUGUGACGCGCGUUCGCGCAAUUGCUCGCGUCACGAGAAAUCCCAACAAUUACGCGGCCCUCUGCGGCGCCGAAAUCUCACAGUGCCGGGAACGAUAUCGCAGUGUGCGCUGUUUUAUUGUAGAGUUACUAAGCUAGCUUCUGCCCACUGGUUUGUCUGUUGUGACACGAGCGGCGGCAUGUUACGUAACAUG